UAUUGUGAAGACACUUUGGGUAGAAGUGGUAACAGAGAAGCCACAGAGCAAGCUGGGGGGCUGGUAUUCGGAUUGCAAGAAGAAAAACUAAAGCAAUCUGGUAAAUAAGAGAUACGAGUAUCUAGUGAACGGAUUGGAUUUUUAGUUUAAGCUCGAGCUUACUUUUAGCCAGUUCAUUUCUGCCGCAGUUCAGUUUGAUCUGAACCGAUUAUUGCGAAGGUAUCAAUCGUGCAAAAGGCUAGCCGCACUCUAGCCAGGCUGCUCUUCCUCCGUCUCCUUGCCAUGUCGACGGGCUUGCUUAAUUAAAGUUUUUUAUAUGUAUCUAAAAGUUAAUGUCAUCCCGUAGCCCAGAAUCUGAAGAUAUUCGCGAUAUUGCCCAAUUGUUGGUUUUCUUGAUAAAUGAGUGAAAUUAACAUACUCGUUUGGUUUUAUUCGUUUGUAAAGAGCAGGAUUUUUGGAACAAGUGACGUGAAUUAGCAUUUGGUUUUGGUCAGUUUUGAUAUGUUUUGAUGUCAUUUGAUGGAAAUUCAGUGUUAACGCGAAUUAUAAAAAUAAGUGUUCCAGUGGCUUUUUAAAAUCACAAACCGCGUUUUUUUUAAAAAGAAUCCCCGAUUGUGAAGGAUUUGAUUGUGGCAAACAACCGGAAGUUAUAUAGUUCGAAGAAUUUCAAGUUUUAGCCGUCAAAAUGGACCUUUGGAAAGCGCUGACAAGAACCAAACGGAAUGCUGCAGAUGGAGAAACUAAACUAGCUCGGGUUCUGGGUAUCGUGGAUUUGGUCGCAUUGGGUGUGGGCAGCACAUUGGGUCUUGGAGUGUACGUCUUAGCUGGGGCUGUUGCACAUGAUCAAGCUGGUCCCGCCGUUGUAAUAUCCUUCCUCAUAGCUGCAGUAGCGUCCGCAUUCUCGGGUCUUUGUUAUGCAGAGUUCGCCGCACGUGUACCAAAAGCUGGCAGUGCUUAUGUUUAUAGCUACGUAACGGUCGGCGAAUUUGUUGCGUUUACCAUCGGCUGGAAUUUGAUAUUGGAAUAUGUGAUAGGAACAUCAAGUGUUGCUCGAGGUUUGAGCGGGUACCUGGAUUCUCUAUUAAAUAACACAAUGAGCACUGCCUUACGGGAAGCUAUGCCUAUGGAUGUCGACUUUCUGGCUGAAUAUCCGGAUUUCUUCUCAUUUGGAAUGAUAUUAAUAUUAACAGCAAUUUUAGCUUAUGGUGUGAAGGAAUCUAGUUUUCUAAAUAAGAUAUUCACGGCCGUUAAUUUGGUGACUAUAGCCAUCGUGCUUGUAGCAGGUGGUAUUAAAAGUGAUCCGAAAAACUGGAAUUUACCAAAAGAAGGUCUUCCAAGUGGAGCUGGAGAAGGUGGUUUCAUGCCAUUCGGUAUAGCUGGUGUUAUGGCCGGUGCAGCCAAGUGUUUCUACGGAUUCGUUGGCUUUGAUUGUGUGGCGACUACUGGCGAAGAAGCCAAGAAUCCCCAACGAAACAUCCCACUAUCAAUUGUUAUAUCGUUGAUUAUUAUCUUUUUGGCAUACUUUGGCGUCUCAACAGUAUUAACAAUGAUGUGGCCCUACUAUGACCAGAACCCAGAUGCUCCUUUCCCGUAUGUGUUUGAUCAAAUUGGAUGGAUUGAGAUCAAGUGGAUUGUGACCAUAGGAGCUAUAUUCGCUCUCUGCACAAGCUUGUUGGGUGCCAUGUUCCCACUUCCCCGAGUUCUCUACGCUAUGGCCAACGAUGGAAUCAUCUACAAGUUCUUGAAAACUAUCCAUCCUUUCACAAAGACACCAUUAAAAGCAACCAUUCUCUCUGGUCUACUAGCAGCUGUGAUGGCUUUAAUUUUCAAUUUGCACCAACUCAUCGACAUGAUGUCUAUUGGCACGCUCCUUGCCUACACAAUUGUGGCCGUUUGUGUGCUAGUCUUACGUUACCAAGACAAUGGAGUGAAGACCCAGGAAAUUGAUGUUGCAUUCCCAACAGUACUCCGACAACUUUUUAAUCUAAAUUUCAUCAAACAUCCCAACUCGUUGACGUCAGGAAUCACAAAAGUUGGCAUUGUCGUGUUCGCCGUAUUGGGUGCUGUGAUCUUUGGCAUAAUGUCAGCAACGGAGGUCUCCACGGAUAAUGUCUGGACCAUUGUUGUAAUAACAAUCCUUGCAGCAGGCAUUCUCCUUAUCCUGUUGAUGAUUAGUAGGCAGCCAGUGGCUGACGAGAAGCUGACGUUCAAGGUGCCUUUGGUGCCAUACAUCCCGUGCCUCAGUGCCUUAAUGAACUUGUACCUCAUGUUCCAACUGGACGUCUUCACCUGGAUUCGAUUCGUUGUCUGGAUUAUUGUUGGUUACAUCAUCUACUUCACGUACGGAAUCCGGAAAUCCGUGGAACGCAAGCAGCGGAAAGAGGAGAAGAAAGCUAUGGAAUUCAAUGGGGUCAAGGGCUCGGAAAUGUCAACCGGUGAGAAACCCGAUCCUAGUUCGAAUUCAUAACAUAUUUCGUUGCCUGAUUUGUUGUAGUGAUUUUAUGAUAAUGCAAUUUUUUAUGUUUAAGAGUAUUCUAAGUCGUCAUAUUUCUGAUAGUCAAGUAGAAGAGGAGGAAAAGGAUGAAAGAGAAAAGAAACAAACAAGUUACCUAAGAAGUUUUCCUUCAAAGUAUUCCGCUUUUAACAAAAUAGCACGAGAACAUAGACAAAUUUUUUGUAAAUUUUUUUACGAAUUUUUGUAACAAAGAUCCAAGGCAUCAUCGUAUGCAAACAAUGUGAUAUAUGAUGAUUUUACUACUUCACUUUGUAAAUAUUUUAUUAAAUUGCUUUAAGGACAA